GAUUACUAAAUAUGUUCCUAAUCAAUAUGUCAGCCAAAUUAGUUGUUAGUCCGACGCGCUUAAGAAAUCUGGCAAACUUCUAAUAACAAGGGGAAAAAUGACUAUGCUUGGGCAACAAGGUCAGUGUAAAUUUGAUGAAAAAUGGCCCUACAUGCGACCUACUGUCUUAAAACUUUUACGUCAAGAAUCAGUACCUAGACAAGAAUGGCAAGAUUUGUUUUGGUAUGUACAUUCAGUUUGUAUGUGGGAUGAAAAGGAAGGUCCAACUCAUAUUUAUGAAGCUCUUGAAAAAGAUAUUUUAGAAUUCAUAAAACAAGCUCAAAGUAGAGUACUUCAACAUAAAGAAGAGUCAGCUCUGCUUCGCGCUUAUAUAGCAGAAUGGGGUAAAUUCUUUACUCAAUGUGAUUACCUGCCCAAACCUUUCACUCAGCUUGAAGCUAAUCUCAUGGGGAAACUACACAGCAGUAUGCCCAAGAAAUCACAGGCGCCUGAUGAAAGUUUAGUUAGAAAGUUGAUGUUAGAUAGCUGGAAUUCCAGUAUUUUUUCAAAUAUAAAAGAUAAACUUCAGUACAGUGCAAUGAAACUUGUUCAUGCUGAGCGACAUGGUGAAGCAUUUGACACUCAGCUUGUUAUUGGAGUCAGAGAGUCUUAUGUAAAUCUGAGCUCUGAUACAGAGGACAAGCUAAAAAUUUAUUGUGAAAAUUUUGAAAAGGCCUACCUGGCAGCAGCUGAAAACUUUUACAAACAGAAUGCACCCACAUACUUAGAACAAAAUGGAGUUCAAAAUUAUAUGAGGUAUGCAGAUAAUAAAUUGAAAGAGGAAGAGGCCAGGGCUAAACGGUAUCUUGAAACUGGUUAUGGUUGUAACUCUGUCAAUAGUCUAAUAGAUUGUUGUGUAGGAGUGCUUGUGACCAGUUUUAAAGAUACGAUCCUUGCAGAAUGUGCCAACAUGAUUAAACAGAAUGAAACAGAAAAGUUGAGACUAAUGUUUAGUUUAAUGGACAGAGUACCAGAGGGUAUACAGCCAAUGUUGCAAGAUCUUGAAAGCCAUAUAGUCAGUCAAGGUCUUGCUGAUAUGAUGGCUGCUGCUGAAACAAUAACAACAGACUCAGAAAAGUAUGUAGAACAACUCCUAGAACUUUUCAAUAGAUUUAGCCAGUUAGUUUCUGAUGCCUUCAAUGAUGAUCCACGAUUUUUAACAUCCAGAGAUAAAGCCUAUAAAACAGUUGUGAAUGAUACAUCAGUAUUUAAGCUGGAAAUACCUGUUAAAAAUAAAGGACUUGGUGCAAAAUCUCAGCCUGAAUCCAAGUGUCCUGAACUUUUGGCAAACUUCUGUGAUAUGCUCUUGAGGAAAACAACAAUAAGUAAACGUCUGACUCCAGAGGAAGUUGAUAAAAAGUUAAAAAAUGUGUUGCUUGUAUUAAAGUAUGUUCAAAACAAAGAUGUCUUCAUGCGGUACCAUAAAGCUCAUCUAACAAGAAGACUUAUUCUAGACUCUUCAGCAGAUAAUGAAAAAGAAGAAAACAUGGUGGAAUGGCUCAGAGAUGUUGGUAUGCCAGCAGAUUUUGUCAAUAAAUUACAGAGAAUGUUUCAAGACAUCAAAGUGUCUGAGGAUUUAAAUUAUGAAUUUAAAGAGGCUCACAGAAAUAAUAAUGAAGGCAUUGCAGAUGCAAUAAAUAUAAAAAUUUUAAAUGCUGGUGCAUGGGCCAGAUCUAGUGAAAGAAUUCCUGUAUCUUUACCAUUAGAGUUGGAGGACUAUAUACCUCAGGUAGAAGAGUUCUAUAAACACAAGCACAGUGGUAGGAAGCUUCAGUGGCAUCAUGCUAUGUCUAAUGGAGUUAUUACUUUUUCAAAUGAGGUUGGCCGUUAUGAGCUAGAGGUUACAACAUUUCAGAUGGCUGUACUCUUUGCUUGGAACCAAAGACCUCAGGAAAAACUUUCUUAUGAAAGUCUGAAAUUAGCAACAGAGCUGCCUGAUAAUGAAUUGAGGAAAACAUUAAUGUCUCUCAUGUCAUCCAAAAACAAAAUUUUACUGAGCUCUCAUGAAAUGAAAACAUUGAGAGAUUUCAAUGACAACACAGAGUUUUGGAUCAACCAACAGUAUGCAUUUACAAAAUUUGGUAAAGCCCAGAAGAGAGGAAAAACUAAUUUGAUUGGACGACUUCAAUUGACUACAGAAAAGAGCAGAGAAGAAGACAAUGAGGGAAUUAUGCAGCUUAGAAUUUUAAGAGUUCAGGAGGCUAUCGUGAAAAUCAUGAAGAUGAGAAAGAAAAUGACUAAUGCUGCUUUACAAACAGAACUUGUGGAAAUUCUGAAAAAUAUGUUUCUACCUUCCAAGAAGUUGAUCAAGGAGCAAAUAGAGUGGCUGAUAGAACACAAGUACAUGAGGCGAGAUGAAGAUGAUAUUAAUACAUUUAUCUAUAUGGCAUAAUGUGUGUAUCUAUUUGAACAUUGACUAAACAGAAGAAACGGUGAGCCAUGGUGAAAGUACUUAGCUGUUUUAGAUGAUGUGUCUGUAGCUCAACAAGUACUUUUGUAUCAAAAGUUUGUCUUAGUCUAUUUGGUUUAACUGGCUUUUUUAAAAAGAAAAAUGCAUUGAUUUAAUUUGCUGUUUCAAAUGAGUGAUUGUGUGUGUCUGAGAAUUUUUUCGUGUAAGAUUUAGCUUGUAUCAAUCAGAAUCAAGUUAUGUAAUUUUUAAUAGAGACAGACUUUUUAAGACAACAAAUUGUCUAGAAACAUUUUCUCAAAGAAAUAAAAUAGUCCUGUUUGUCAGUUGCUAAAUCUUGUUUCAAUGCAUAUCAAAUUGUUUAUGUCUUAAACAUUUUCUUAAAUAAAAACAAAAUAAAAUAGGUCUGUUUGUUAGCUCAUGGUUCAUUGCAUAUCAAAUUGAUUCAUGUCUAAGAAACAGGCCUUUGUCAGUGGCUAGAUUGUGUUUCAUUGCAUAUCAAGUUGAUUCAUGUCUAAAAUAUUUAUACUGGUAGUUGUAAUUUUAUUUUUACUUAUAUUAAUGUAUUGAAAAAAGUUUUACAACCAUUGAAUAUUAGAAUUUUGUCUUUGU